UUUCUUUCUCUUUUUCUUUUCUUCUCCCCCCUUCCCCCACCCCACCCCACCCCCUCCCCUCUGUCUUUUAGGAGCCUUAGUUUGGAGGUGGGAGGGCUGGGGGUCUGCUGCCUGCAGCUCUCUAGGAUGUAGUGCCAGGACUUCCCACUCUUCCCCUCUACCGUGUCAAGCAGAUGAAGGACCAUGUCAUCGCAUAGUUCUGUGGUUGCCCUGGGGCUCGGUUCCCAGCCUGGCUGCAGCACCACUCUGCCAGCGCAAAGAAAUUCCUUCCCUGGGCUGCAUCUCCUUCCGCCUCGGAGCCGUUCGCUCACCCUGCUUGGCCAGGAUGACUUCUUUGAGAGCUUCAGUGGGAGCUUCUGUGAUGUGAGUGAUGCUUUGGGUCCUGACCUGUUCGACUGCAGCUACUCCAUCCCUGACCCACAGCUGGUCCGGAGGAUUGUGUCCCAGGUAGAGUUCUACCUCUCUGACGAGAACCUGGCCAAGGAUGCCUUCCUCCUGAAGCACGUCCAGAAGAACAAGAUGGGCUUUGUCAGCAUCAAGCUGCUCACGUCCUUCAAGAAGGUGAAAUACCUCACGCGUGACUGGCGGCUCACGCUCUACGCCCUGCAGUUCUCGGAGCUGCUGGAGGUGAAUGAGGAGGGCACCAAAGUGAGGCGGCGGGUCCCCCUCCCUGAGUCCCUGCUGAGCAUCCCACCCAGCAAAUUGCUCCUGGCCUGGGACCCGCUGCCUCAGGAGCUGGGCGUGCUGCCGCCGCUCCAGAAGAACUUCAUCGAGACCAUCACGAGGAUGUUCAGCCCCUUUGGUGCCAUCGCCUCCAUCCGCAUCCUGCGGCCAGGCAGGAAGCUGCCCUCGGAUGUACGGAAAUACACGGUGCGCUUCCCCGAGCUGCUGAGCCGCUGCUGUGCACUGGUGGAGUAUGAGAGCUUGGAGAGCGCCCGCAGGGCCUUUGAGGACCUGAGCCGCCCUGGCUCUGAGAGCAUCCGGGUGGUGCGGCUCUCAGGGAAGGGCUCCAAGAAGAAAAGCGGGGCUGAGAGGGAGGCGGCGGUGGAGGAGAUGCUGGGAUGGAAGGCACAGGCAGCAGCAGCUGAGACGUUCCCUUACAGCCUUGGGGACUCCUUGCUAUGCAGUUCCCCGGAGUCAGACACGGCCCGGGCCUCGUUGCCUCUCCUCCUCUCGACACCCUCCUGGCCCGAUGGCCACAGUGGCUUCAAGCCCGGCUCCUUUGGCAGCACCUUUGCCAGGUCGCUCCUCACCAGCAAGGUCUUUCCUCCACUAACCACCGAGCUGAGCACUGGUGGCUGCUUUGGCCUUGGCUCCAGCCCCGAGAGCUCCCAGGGCCUCGAUUUUGGCUGGGGGAGUGGGGUAGGUGCGUGGGCACCCUGGGGCAGCAGUGCAACCCCUGGCCCCUCUCUGGAUGCCAAAUCGCCUCCCAGCAAUCCCCUGGCUGUGAAGCAGGUGUCUGAGUCCCUUGGCCUCCGUGCUGGCGUGCUUCGCCUGCCACAUGGGCCUGAUGGCACCAAGGGCUUCUACAACAGCAUUGGGAGAGGAAAACUUGUCCUCAGGCACUAAGGCUCCUUUACAUUUUGGUUUGGGGAUUUUUUUGGUUUUGUUUUUUCCUUAUUGUGUCAAGCAGAAUAACUUUGUGGCCCAGAGAGCCGCGGGCGGUGGCAGUGCAGCUGUUUUGGGGUGAGGAUGCUCAGGGCAGAGCAGCGUGCGAGCUGAGGUGCUGAGCACCAGAAGAACCCAGUGCCAUGCUCAGGCCAGCAGCCACCACUCCUGCUGGGGCCCAGGCCAGCUCUGGGUGAUGCUGCUGGGAUCCCAUCAUGUUGGGUCCCCCCACGUCCCUGGGGCCAGUGACAAUGGGGACACUGAGAGCUCCUGCACGAGCAUGGCAGGACAGCGCUGCCUCCUGAAGGUGCUGUUGAAUGCAUUGGUGUAAAGUUGUGGAGCUUGGAUGUGAAAUGUUCAAUAAAGUGAGAUAAGUUUCCAGGCAA